UAACUUAUUUAGUUCUAGUUGGCCAAAUUCUUAGACAAUUCGCAGUUAAUGUAAUAGGGUGUUCAUGUAAGAUGUUAAUGAUGUUGGGUAUUAUGGUCUUGCAGCUAAGCUUCUAUGGAGGGGUGCUGAGUGUUGGAAUGAGUGUUUAAAGCUUUUGGGCGUUGCUGAAGCAGCAGAAGCAUCAAUGGAUUCUGACCAGUUAAGCUCUGGAAUUUCAUAUUUUGAUACUCACUUUCAAGGCCUCAUAGUUCAGAAAAGUGAUGAUGACGACUCUGAGAAUGAGUCGGCACUUGAAAUUCAGCCAUACUUGAUGGAAGAAAAAUUGUUGAAGCACUUGAUAAUCACUUAACUGCUAUCCAAAGGGACCAUGAACUCAGGUCCCAGAUAGAAGAAAGGAAAAUAAGAAGUGAUGCGGCUUAUGAAGGGGCCAAAAGAAAAGAGAAAGCUCUCCUGGAAGAAAAACUCCGCCAAGAAAAAGCCAAAGCAGAAGCUGAGGCAAAACUCAGAGCUGAAGAAGAAAAUAGGGCUGCAAUGGAAGCUCAGAGAAGAGAAACAAAAGAGGCUGCUGAAAGGGAGGCCAAUGAAGCGUCAAGCCAGGCUGCUGUUCAGAAGGAAGCUUUAGGAUUGCAAACUAAAGCCAAAACCAAGGAAUUUGAAUUUGAAAAACCAAUAAAUUCAGCAUCAGCAGGUGACAUUACUAAAGCUGCAGAAGCUGCACUAAAGUUGGAGCGUGAAAGAUUAAAAAAGUUGGAAGACUUGGAUGAAGGAAACAAGGCAUUAGGAUUGAAUGUAAAUAAGGAGGUUUCUACUGGUGUGAAAAAGUUAUUGAGGGAAUCGUCUGGCCAGUACAGCGACUUCAAUAUUCUUUCCUCUUUAAAUUCUUAGGUAAAUCAUGUAACUUACUGUUUGUUUAGUAGGAUAUAUGUUUUUAUAUAUAUCUAUAAUAUUUUAGGUGAAAAUUUAUGAUCUUUAAGAAAGUGUUAGAUGGCACUAGAUGCAUUAGAUCAAUCCAUAUGUGUUGUUUUAGGUUCAGAUCACUUCCAGGACUUGUCAACCAAACCCAAAGGGAUAUCAUAGAAUGUAAUGUAUGCUUUUAUUAGCCUUUUCAUUCUUCCUUUUUAUACACAUUACUGUAUUGAAGUCAUAGGUUGUCUAUGAUUUUUCAUGCUUAUG